CCUCUAUGGAGCUAUCUCUGGUACCCAAAAGUUUGGGGGCCAUUGUCAUAUAGUGUUUAUAUAUUGAAAUGUGGAAAUCUGCACAUUUUCAUCCUCAUGACUAACUUUGUUUGGGUUGUGGACCUACAAGUUGGAAUACUGCCAGCUUCCAGGAGAAAAGCCCAAUGCUCCAGGUGCAUGGCUGAAGAAUGGGCUCAUGUUCCUAACACUUUUUUCCUUCUUACUUAUGUACCGAUUACUCACACAUCUCAUUAUUAGUUACCCAACAGUUAGUCUUGCUCAUAUUGCAACAUUCCUUGUUUUGUUUUGUUUUUUUUUUUUUAAGAUAAAAUAGCACAAAAUGAUCCCUAGCCAACUCUACUGGGAAUUCUCACAGCUUGUUUCUUUCUGAGAAAAUACAUCUUGCCAUCUAACUGUUCUACAGUGAUUAAAGCCAGCAGUCUUCACUGAAAAUUGUAAUCCAAUGAGCAAAUACAAUCACUAGAUCUGAAGAAGCAGAGCUCCUUGUAACUUACAAAAACCUGUGAAAAAAAAUUCAAAGAUGAAUCUUCUAGCACUAUUGAGCCCCUUAUUGUUAUCCUUCCAUAGGCUUACAAGAAGUAAAUCUGUCCAGGGAAUUCGGGAAAACAAGGACUCAGGGGAAACUGAAUUUCAUCAAGAUGAUAUUGUUUAUAAAAGAAGAACACAGAGAAGUGCCAUGAGCUGUAGUGGAAAUUGUUUCUGGCCCAGAUCAGAAGAUGGCCUGGUCAAGAUCCCAGUUAAUAUCUCUCCCGAUUUUUCCGUGGAGCACAAAGAUGUGAUAAUUAAAGCAAUGGAAGAAUUUGUUACCCUGACAUGCAUCCGGUUUAUCAAACACACAGUAGAAUAUGACUACAUAAACAUUGUCCCUGGAGAUCGAUGCUGGUCCUAUUUUGGAAAGAUUGGAGGCAGACAGCAACUCAGUUUGUUGAAAAAUGGCUGCAUAUAUAAAGGAUUGAUUCAGCAUGAGCUCAACCACGCACUAGGCUUUCUACAUGAACAAACCCGCAGUGACCGAGAUAAUUAUGUUAAAAUUAACUUGGAAUAUGUUGCCAAAGGAGAACGGGGGAAUUUUGAGAAAGAGAAUACCACCAAUCUAGGUCUUCCAUACGACUAUGAUUCAGUUAUGCAUUAUGGCGCGUAUGAUUUUUCUAAUACUGCUGGAAAACCAACCAUUAUACCCAUUCCUAAUGGAUCUGUACCAAUUGGUCAAAGAGUAGGACUGAGCAACUUAGAUGUGAAAAAAAUCAAUAAGCUCUACAACUGCAAUGAUUGUAGCACUGUGCUACAUAAUCCAGGUGGCCAUUUUUGCUCUUAUAACUACCCCCAUUCAUAUCCCAGAAACAUCACCUGCUUGUGGCUCAUUCAAACUCUACAAGGAAAGAUCUUCCUGAGUUUUCAUGUUCUUGAUCUCCAGAGUUCUCCAAACUGUUCCUCUGAUUACAUCCGAAUUUAUGAUGGAAGCAGUAGAAAAGGUCGGAUUCUCAUUGACAAAUGUUGCGGGGCAGGGCAAUUACCUGCCGUGGUAGCUUCUGGGAACACAAUGCUUAUAGAGUUUGUAAGUGAUGAAGAUGAGACUGCAACAGGAUUUAUGGCCUCUUACACACAUGUAAAGUGUGGAGGAACAUUCACUAAUACUUCGGGAGUCAUUACUACUCCAAACUUUCCUAAAAAAUACCCUCCAAAUCAAGCUUGCCUAUGGAUUAUCAGUGCUCCUCCAGAAAAUAAGAUAUCUUUGACCAUGACCUCUUUUGAACUGGAAGACAUUGAUGGAUGCAGAUACGACAGACUUGUGUUUUAUGAUGGCAGUCAAAGCAGUUCUCCAUUUAUUGGCACUUUCUGUGGAAAAAUGAAAGUUCCUCCUUAUACUUCUACUGGAAACUUUCUUCGUAUAGAGUUUUACACCGACUUUGCUUUUCAACUUUCUGGAUUCAAGAUGAACUACUCAAUCAGUUAAAUAAAACUUCUAGAAUUUCUGAACAUCAGUUUGUGGGGUGUAUUGUGAAAAAUUAUCAAACACUAUAUGCAAUGUACAGUAGUUAACUUAAUAAAUAAUUGAAUUACUUAUGUAAUCAAAAGUUUUAUUCUAUUCUGUGCUCGCAAAACAUUAGAGAUUAAAUGGCUGGAUAGAUAACAUUAAUUCAAAAGAAUUUCAAGAGUUUAUUUAUGCAAAGCUUAUUAAAAGAAAGACCACACAUUUUAUUAUAUUUAACUUGUAAAACUGAUUAACACAGUAGCUCCUAAGUUGAAUAGCUUAAAAAUGUAAGUGGAUAAAGUCAUGGAGGACAAAUCUUUCAAGUGCAAUUUAUCUUGAGAUUCAGUAUUGCUCCUAGACUGAAGACUGCAUGUCUGUAAAACCAUUUUCAGGCGGGAAGUGGCAAGAGAGCAUGUCUUCAUCUUAUUCUGGUAGGCCUCCUGGAGUGAUCUGGUUGGUCACUGUAGAAAACAAAAUGAUUUUCUCAGGAGUCUUCUUGAACACCAGUGUUCAAGGCAUCAACAUUCUUCCUAUCCUUCUUCAAAGUCCA